CGAAUUCAGUUACUUCCGAAGUUUCAAAGCGAGCGGUUCACGCGUCGGACGGCGAUUAUUUCAACAACAGCAAACUCGUCGAGCUAAGCAAAAGCAGCAAAAAAUAACGAAAAACUAAACUGCUCUCCAGCAUAGAUUGACAUGUUACUGUGCUAUACCAUUGCGAUCCCUAAAUCGUACUAAAUUCCAAUUGGCAAACUAUGUAAAUAUAUGAAGUAAAAAUAAAACGUUUGAAUUAAAUAAUUGCGGUUUCAUAUGCAAAUCCGUUUAACAACAAAGCGCGCGAGUGCAGUUCGAAAAUCAAUUCGAAAUUAAAUCAAAACACAUACCAGCCAAAAAUCUCGUUACUGCGACGAGCAUUUCGGACAUUAACCGUUACGCUUACGCGGCACUCGCCUGUAGGUGUGCGUCUCUCUGUGUGCGUGAGUGUGUGUGUGUGGCAUUCAGUGCGCGCAUUUCUGUGCUCGUUUAUGUGUGUGCGUCUGUGUGUGUUAUGACAGAGAGUUGACAAUAGGCAAAUAGGCAAAUCAUAUGCCGCCCACGUAAUGUGUGACGAAAUUUAAAUUCGCCAUCUAUGCAAAUACAAUUGCACAAAUCGUAUACGUGUGUGCCGUACAGAGUGUUUGUGCGCGCGUGUGUGCAUUGGUGCUAGUUGGAUAUUCAUGUGGAUUACCAUAAACAUAAACAAAGGAUUAGAAAGAAACAGCAACAACAACAACAACAACAACAGCGGUAGCAGCAGCAGCAGCAGAAGCAGCGACCGUCGUAGGGUGAAAGAUAAACCCACAGAAGCAUUUUUGGGAUUACAGCCAGCCGCAGUAGAAGAAGAAGCAGCCGCAGAGUAGGAAGAAGAGGGCUACGCUUAGAAAAUAUCACAACAUUGCAGUCAGGUGCCUCACAGAGGGUCGUCCACAUCCGCCAGACUCCAGCUGCUCUGUUCGUGUGUGUGCUUGUGUGUGCGUUUAUAUGUGCGUGUCUGUUUGUGUGACAAGCGCAACUAAUGAGCAGCAACAAAUCGGAAACAGGAAGCAGCAGCAACAGCAGCAGCAGCAGCAGCAGCAGCAGUAGCUUGGAAUGAAAGUAAAACUGCGUGGCCAUUAUUAUCAUUACUAAAGAAUCGUAACUGUGAUAGCACCAAAGAAAGCAGAAACUCAAGCGGCAAGCGCCAAGGCUAAAGAUACACAACAAGCAGCAACAGAUACAUUUACAGAUACAGAUACAAAAGCUAAACAGUUGCUGCCGCGCGUAAUUACGUUUCAGUGAUUUUCAAACUAAUAAAUGUCGUACGCGCAAUCGCUGGCAGCAGCAGCAGCAACAACAACAGCAACAGCAACAGCAACAACAAUUUACUAAAGCCAAGCAGCCAACAAAACUCCGCACAAAAUGGCGCACAAAAUGAGGCAGACAACAGGAAAAGCGGCAACAACACAGACGACAGCAACACAGUGCUCCACAAAAGCAACACAAGUUGGCACGCAUUCAAGUUCAAGGCGGUCAUCGUUAAUCACAUGUUUUAUAUCCUGCCACACGUUCAGCUCGCUCUUGUUGUUGCUCGUGCUGCUUGCCACGGCGCAAGCGGCCAGCAAGUUGACCACUCGCAGCAACAGCAGCAGCAGCAGCAACAACAGCAGCAACAACAACACAACAUCAGCAGCAGCAGCAGCAGCAGCAUCACAGGCGACGCCCGUUUGGGAUCAUGCCAUCGAUUUGAAUGAGGAUUUUCGCAUACUAUGGCAAAUCAUUAAUCAGGAUAUAACAUUUGAAAUACAAGCACGUACAUUAGGUUAUGUCGGCUUUGGAUUUUCGCCUGAUGGGAAUCUAGCUGGCGCGGAUAUGGCCAUCGGUUGGGUGGACAAGGGUCAAACAUAUUUUCAGGAUCGACACGUCACACGCAAUGGCGACACUGAGCCCGUCGUGGAUCCCUCCCAGGAUUACAUGCUGAUGCUGGGCUACGAGAAUGCCACCCACACCGUCCUACGCUUCCGCCGCAAGUUGGACACAUGCGAUGCCAGCCAUGACAUCGCCAUAACGAACGAUACAAUGCGCUUGCUGUACAUGUAUCACGCACAGGAUCCACCGCACGGCUCGGUGCGUCCCGGCACGCUGCCCGAUCCGGCGCGCGCCUUCCGACCUUAUCGGCCCAUGGUGCUCAUGCAGCGCGCUCAGCUGCAGUUGCCAUCGCCGCAUGAUGAGCGCGUCCGUGUGCUGGAACUGCGCAACGAGGACGUGGAGCUGCCUCCGGGCGAUACGCCGCUUUUUUGGUGCAAAAUGUUCAAGCUGGAGGAUAUCAAUCGAAAGCACCAUCUCAUUCGGUACGAGCCGAUUUAUGAUUCAUCGUCCAGCGUACACUACUUGCAGCACAUAACGCUCCACGAGUGCCAAGGGUCGCACUCGGAGCUGGAGGAGCUGGCACGCGAACAGGGGAGACAGUGCAUGGGCGCCCGUUCCAUUCCGCUGGCAUGCAAUGCCAUUGUUGCCUCCUGGUCGCGGGGCAGCGAGGGCUUUACGUAUCCACAUGAAGCGGGCUACCCGAUUGAGUCGCGACAGGCCAAAUAUUAUUUAAUGGAGACCCAUUACAACAAUUUGAAGCCGGACUUUGCCCAAUUGCAUGCCAGACAAAUGGCGGAUAAUUCUGGUUUGAAAAUCUACUUUACGCACGUGCUGCGACCAAAUGACGCUGGCAUUUUGUCAAUCGGUAUGGAUCCCAACUGGCGCCACAUUAUACCGCCGGGACAGAAGCGCGUGAUAUCGGAGGGCCAAUGCAUUGAGGAUUGCACCGGCUAUGCCUUUCCCGCCCAGGGCAUCAACAUUUUUGCGGUCAUGAUGCGCACACAUCAAAUCGGCAAGGAGGUUAAGCUGCGUCAGAUACGACAAACCGAGGAGCUUCCGCCAAUUGCACACGACAGCAAUAUAGAUGUGGCCUAUCAGGACUUUCGACGUUUGCCACAGUCGGUGCAUUCCAUGCCCGGCGAUAGACUCAUCGCUGAAUGCAUUUAUGACAGUUCGUCACGAAAGGCAAUUACGCUGGGUGGCCUCACAAUGAAGGAAGAAAGCUGCACCGUGCUGACACUUUACUAUCCACGCCAAAAGAAACUGACAACGUGUCAUUCACUACCCAGCCUGCCCACAGUGCUGCAUUCCCUUGGCAUCGAACAACUUGCAACCGACUCGAAUCCCGUGCUGAUUUCAUCACCGCCCGAAUUGGCUGGCAUGACAUUGGAGGCACGUCUGAUAUCCUACGAUUGGGAAAAUCAAUUUGGCGAAUUUCAAGAGGCCACACGCAAGGGCAGCUUUAAGCCCAUCUGCUGGGGAGCCAAGAAUCAUGUGGUGCCGGGCUCCGAGUUUCUCGAAGGCUACAGCAUAAAUGUGACCAAGACCUACAAGAAGCACAAGCGCUGCAAGCCGAAACGCCUCUUCGCGCCCAUCACGGAGCGCACCUCGCCUGCGGCGGAUCUCAGUGAGUUGCCGGUGCUCCAUGAGCUGGACAACAACAACAUCAUCGAGGGAGCAGCACGCAGCAGUCGCAGCUCGGCGACUGAUGUCCACGGGGGACUAAGCGGUGCCAACCGGAGCAAUUGUGGCCAGUUUACCAGCUGUCUGCUGUGGCUGGGCGCCGCAUCCUGGUGGCUGCUACUGAUGCUAAGGACGUGAGGAGCAGACGCAUCCAAUGGCACAGCAGAGCGAAGCAGCAGCAGCAGCAGCACAGGCACCACCGUCUAACUACACUAUAUACAUAAAUACUCAAAAGAAAAGAAAAGAAAAGCAAAGAAAAGAAAAACAAAAGAAAAGCAUGCAACCACAACUCUUUAACUAUAAAUGACAGCUCUUAAUCCUACUACAAUACAAGUACAGACAACAACAUCAAGCAAAGCAAACACAAAUAACAAAA